CAUGAAUAUAUUUAAGUAAAAAAAAAAAGAAGAACCCAAAAAGAAAAUUACAGUCACCAUUGUAUAUUAAUAUUUUCUAUUUUAGGAAUAACUAACCAUGUUAUUUAUGAAAUCAAAGGAAUACAUUAAUCUUGAUAAAUAGAAAAAAAUUAAUGAAGCCAUUUAAUAGGAAACUAAAUUAUUGAAUAUGCUCAAGGCUCCUUAAAGAAAUAGGAAGGAUGAAGAAAUUUAAAUCAUUAAAAUUGUUAAUAUCCUUAAUACCAUUGAAGCCUAUGAUAAGGCUAUUAUGUAAUUAAAAUUAUUUUUAUUCUUCUUAGUCAAAUAAGUAACAUAGAUCAAUUCAAGAGUCAAAUUGUAGCAAGUUAAGGUGACCCCUCUAAAGUCAGUUAAUACAUUCCGUAAUUUUUCUAUUGCUACCAUUAGUUAUAUCGCCAGUGUUUGUUAUUACAUUGAAAAAACUAAUGAUUUAAGAGGUGCUGUUGAUCUCAAAUAAUAAUUAAAUGAAUAUUAUGGAUGUGAUAUUGCAACCACUUUUGAAAAAUCAGUUGAUCAAAAUGCUAAAUAUUUAUUUGGUAUUUUAAAUCUCUAAUCUCCAUCUGUUUAAAAAUAUGCAUAAGACUUUAGUAAAAAAUAUUAGGUACUUGAUGUUCCAGGAUUAAAUUAUUAAUCAUAAUAAUAAUAAUAACAAGCUUGGAAUCCUGCUUAAUAUCCUCAACCUUAAUAAGGAGGUCCAUAAUAAGGUGGAGGUUAUCCAUAAUAAUAAUAAGGUGGAGGUUAUCCAUAAUAAUAAUAAGGUGGAGGUUAUCCAUAAUAAUAAUAAGGUGGAGGUUAUCCAUAAUAAUAAUAAGGUGGAGGUUAUCCAUAAUAAUAAUAAGGUGGAGGUUAUCCAUAAUAAUAAUAAGGUGGAGGUUAUCCAUAAUAAUAAUAAGGUGGAGGUUAUCCAUAAUAAUAAUAAGGUGGAGGUUAUCCAUAAUAAUAAUAAGGUGGAGGUUAUCCAUAAUAAUAAUAAGGUGGAGGUUAUCCAUAAUAAUAAUAAGGUGGAGGUUAUCCAUAAUAAUAAUAAGGUGGAGGUUAUCCAUAAUAAUAAUAAGGUGGAGGUUAUCCAUAAUAAUAAUAAGGUGGAGGUUAUCCAUAAUAAUAAUAAGGUGGAGGUUAUCCAUAAUAAUAAUAAGGUGGAGGUUAUCCAUAAUAAUAAUAAGGUGGAGGUUAUCCAUAAUAAUAAUAAGGUGGAGGUUAUCCAUAAUAAUAAUAAGGUGGAGGUUAUCCAUAAUAAUAAUAAGGUGGAGGUUAUCCAUAAUAAUAAUAAGGUGGAGGUUAUCCAUAAUAAUAAUAAGGUGGAGGUUAUCCAUAAUAAUAAUAAGGUGGAGGUUAUCCAUAAUAAUAAUAAGGUGGAGGUUAUCCAUAAUAACCUUAACAAUAUCCAUAAUAAGGUAAUUAUUAAUAGUCAUUUCAAAACUCAUAAUAAACCUCAUAUCAAUAAUAAAUCCCUUAAUAAAAUAAUUUUUAUCCUAACUCCUAUUAAAAUCAUUAUGGUUUAUAAUAAAGCUCUAAUCCAUAUGGAUAAUUAUAAUUUAGUUAAUAGAAUAUUUACUAAAAUAAUCCAAAUGUUUUUUUGCCUCAGAUUUCUCAACCAUAAAUAGGUUUAAACCAAAAAUAAAAUUCAAAUUUUAAUUAUCCAUAACAACAACAUUCAAUAUACAAUGCACCAUCUUAAAAAUAAGAUAAUAAUAACAUUGGUUUUGUUCCAUUAUAAUAAUAAUCAUAAUUUUAAUAAUAAUAAAAUUAGUCAUAAUAACAAUAGAUUGUAGUAGAUCCAUUUGCAAUAAUUAAUUAAUCAAAUAAUUAAUAGAUGGUAGAAUUGCCUCCUUUACCCAAAUAAUCAACUAUUUAAUCCAAUAUUCCAUUAAAUUAAAAUGGAGAUAAAUUUGCAUUCAACAAUUAAGCUCCAUCUGAUGAAUAAGUACCAUUUCAGUCUUAGAAUUCUUAAAAUUAAAGUAAUUAAUAUUUCUAAUUAUAUUAGAUAAUACUGGUAAUUUUGGAUAGAAUAAUCCUUUAGGGAAUAGUUUAAAUUCAAGGGGAAGUAAGUUUAGAUAAUAAAUUUAGCGUAAUUAACAGAUCCUUUGAGUGAUUAGAAUUAGAAUAUUUUUGAAACAACAACAAUUGGUUAAGAUAUGGCAUUUAGUUUACCUAUUAUGAACAAUAAGAAAAAUGAGGAGGUUCCCUUAGGAAUAAAUCAUGAUUUACGUUCUUUAGAAAUCUUACAUAAUUUCAAGAAUGGGGUUCCAUAAUCUAUUAAUGAUUCGAUAAAUUAAUUACAAUUGGCUGGUUUAAGUAUAUGA